ACCAUCACACAACACCGGUAGCGUAAUAAAAUCCUACUACUUCAGCAGCCAGCACCCGCCGGUGGAAUCGCACCCAAAAGCUUCGCUCGUCGAUCGCUACUAGUACCAGAUCAGAAUCAUCCCAGCAGUAGCAGCAGUAGUAAUCCACCCCCAAUCCGUCCAACCCAACCAACCCUCUCCUUCCUCCCCUCGAAUUCUCUUGCAUCUCAUCGUCUCCAUCCCCGAUCCCGAUCUCCCCCCCCUCCUCCUCCUCCUUAAUGUCUGGUUUAGCGUCAGAUCGGCGCGUCGCUGCGGGUGGAGCAGCCCGAUAUUCCCGAUCGCGCGUGGGCUCGCUGUUAAUGGCGUCCACGGCGGCGGCGGCCAGCCGGCGAGAGUCGUCGGCGGCGUCGAGGACGUUGGUUUGGAGUUGGUGGCGAGGAGGACGAGGAGGAGGAGUCCUCGGUUUGCCCGCCCGUCCGCGCGAGCGAUCCUGGCCGUUGAUCGUGGGGCAGGGGGUAUUCCCGUAAAUAGCGUGGUGGGGCGAGGGGUAGUAAGGUAAAUUGAGGUGGGGGGGGGGUGAGGUAGGAAGGUUUGUUUGCUUUGCUUGCGUUGCUGGUCAGCCGCCUGGUUGCCCUCGCUCUGAUUUAUCCUUCCCCUUUUUAUUUUAUUUUUUAAUUACUAAUUAAUUAAAGAAAGGGGUGGUAUUUUAAUUCGGAAUUUUGGGGAGGAUUUAUUUCUUUAUUUUUUUUUGUGCGGGGGGAGCGGACGCAAGGAUGCGGAUCAAUUGGGGUUAAGGGGCUGGGGUUGCGUCCGCUCUAUCGUCUCACGUUGUCACAGGCCGCGGCCGCCUCCGUUUUCUCUCCUCUCCUCUCUUCUCCUCCCCACCUCUCCCCCCUCUCUCCUUCCUUCUCCCCUGCGCCGCGCCCGCCUCCGCCUCCGCCUCCGCCUCCACCGCCGCCGCCCUCCCUGCACGCAGAUCAGGGCGCCUCUGCCUCCGCCCACGCCGCCGCAGACGCCUCGCCGACGUGGGGGGCUCUCGGCGCCGCCGCCUGCACCUCUGACUGCCUGCCUGACUCGACGCCUCGCAUCUCCUCCGCCGCCUGUUCGACGGGUGGCGGUGAAGGGAAGGCUUGGACGAGUACGUCUCUGAGCGACCUGCGACGACCGACGAGCGCCGCCGCCGCCGCCACCGACUCUGCCGGGGACGGUUAGUCGUCGGCUCGUGGUACCCCGUGGCGAAGGCGGCCGUGGAUUUCUGGUGGUUGGUUUUAAUCGUGGGGGAGGCGUGUUUGGGUUUGUUGUAGGUAGCCCCGGGAUAGGAGGAGGGAGGAGGCGCUGCCGAGUUGGCUUCUUCGCCGCGCGUAUGUGAUUUGAGGCGGCGGCCGGAGCUGGGGAUUCGCGCGGGCUGGACGACGACGACGACGACGACCACCACGCCGUGGAUGCCUCCGCCGCCGCCGGAUCGGAGGGACUUCCUGUACAGGGAUGGCCGCAGGCACGACGGCGACCCCCUCCCACCGCCAGCCCCCACGCCGCCGAGGUGGCGCGACUCGCCCUACCACCCGCCGCCGCCGCCACCGCCCCUCCGUGACCACUCGCGGCCCUCACCUCGCCGGACGCCGUCGUCGGCCUCCUCAGACGGCUAUUACCGACAGGGCGGCGGCUCCUACGACCGCUCCUACCCCGAUGAAUCGCUCGGCUACACGCCGUCGCGCUCAGACCGGUACUGGCUGGACGACGACGGUGGCGGCGGCGGCUAUAAGGGUUUCAGCCGGUACGGUGGUGGUGGUGGUGGUGGCAGCCGGAGGGACGGCCGUGACAUGCGGGGUUCCUACCGGAGGUCGCCCUUUAGGGGAUACGGGAGCGACUUCUCCAGAAACCACCAAGAACACCCGCCUCCGCCACUGAGGAGGUCGCCCCUGAGAUCAGUUGCUGUACCGAUGUCUUAUGACCCUCCUGGUGAUAGGGCUGAUAGGGGGGAUAGAGACCAUCAUCACCGUGUGACUCCUUGGCGGCCGCUGCGCCGGAGGGAGAGCAGAUCUGAUGCUGCAGACGCUGCUGGGGCUGGACCUGUGCCUGUUGGACAGGCCGCUGCAGCAGCGGCCUCAGAGAAGGACGUUUCAGCUCGGUCCUCAGCCGUCGCGGCUCCUCAGGUCUCUGAGGAGGAGGCACCAAGGAAGAAGCCUCGGCUUGGAUGGGGGCAAGGUUUGGCCAAGUAUGAGAAGCAGAAGGUGCAAGGACCUGCAGAGUCUGCUGAAGCUGUUGCCGAAGGCAGCCCAACUGCCACCGAACAAAAGGGAAUCACCCAUACACCAGCACCUGCGCCUUGUGUGUCCCCAGUGGCGGCACCAUCACCCACGCCUUGUGCGUCCCCAGUGGCGGCACCAUCACCCGCGCCUUGUGUGUCCCCAGUGGCGGCACCAUCACCUGCACCGCCAUGUAAAUCACCAGUCCCUGAAGAUAAAUCCUGUGAACUGACAGCAAAUACAGUCACUGAAUCCAAUAAAAAUAUCCCAGGACCUGACGUUCAGGCUUGCAAUAACGAAGUCCCCACUAAGUUAGAUCAGCUUGAGGGUGAUCCCAUUGAUUCGCUUGCAAAGGUCCUUUCUGAACUGGUGCAACAUGAAGAUUCCUGUUCUGGGGAUUCGAAAAGACUGUCCAAUGUCAGUAAGUUAUUGUUACUGAAGGAAAGCAUUAGCAAAGAGCUCGAAAAGACAGAACUUGAGAUUGACUCCUUGGAAGGUGAACUUAAAUCUGUUAAUGUGGAAGCCAGAAAUAGAACACUCAAAGAUCCACCUACAGCUGUAACUUAUGCACAAAAUCCUUCACCUUCACCUGUGAAAGAACAAGGAGAGCUGACCCCUUCUCCCAAGAUUUCUAUGGAGCAGGAUGCUGAUGUAAAAGGCUCAGAGCUCAUGGAAAUAGAGACAGCUCAAGCUCAUAAUGCAAAAGCAGUUUCUUCAGAAGAGAGUGUUGCUUGUCCUGGAGUUGCUCUGGGUCAGGUCCCUGCCGCUGCUGAUGUUAUCCCAUCUGAUCCAUGUGGGAAAACUGGUUCUGGAAUUGAUGUCGAUAUUGAGCAGCGCGAAGAGAAUCCAUGCCAAGAAACUUUUAAUGCCAUGAAAGCAGAUGGAAGCAGUGACUUGGCCACAAGGCCUUGCUCUUAUCGUGAAGUUAAAUAUAACUUAAUGGAUCAAAUUAUUGCUGCGAACAGGAGUGAAGCCAAAAAAAAUUCUCAAUUACUAUUUAAGCCUGUGCCAGCUGAUCGGUCCAAUCUUGAUUUAUUGGCAUCAAGCUAUCUUUCUAGCCAAAUGAAGAAUGAUGUAAUUAUCAAGAAGAAGCAUGCCAUACUUAAAAAUCGACAAAGAUUCAAAGAGCAGAUUCUUACCUUCAAGUUCAGGGUGCUGCGUCACCUCUGGAAGGAGGAUGUGCGACUUCUUUCUGUAAGAAAGCAGCGCUCUAAGUCUCAUAAGCGCACAGACCAGAGCAACCGAUCAUCACAGAGCGGAUCUCAGAGGCAACGGUCCUCUAAUCGCUCCAGAUUGGCUGUACCAGCUGGUAAUUUAAGCACAUUUCCUAUCACAGAAAUGUCAGGUGUAGCAAGGAAGCUGUUUUCAGAAUUUCAGCUCAAGCGUUGCAGAAAUUACUUGAAAAUGCCUGCACUGAUUGUUGACGAAAAAGAGAAGGCAGGUGCUAAGUUUGUGAGCAAGAACGGUUUAGUUGAGGAUCCUGUUUCAGUUGAGAAGGAGCGAGCUUUGAUAAAUCCAUGGAUUCAGGAGGAAAAGGAAAUUUUUAUGGAGAAACUUGCAACAUUUGGUAAGGAUUUCUCCAAAAUAUCCAGUUUCCUUCAGCACAAGACAACUGCUGAUUGUAUUGAGUUCUACUACAAGCACCAUAAAUCUGAUAGUUUCCGAGAAGUUAAGAAACUUCUUGAUCUUCGGCAGCAACAGCAACCUGCCAACAAUUACCUAGGAGCAGUAUCUGGAAAGAAAUGGAAUCCUGAGGCAAAUGCGGCAUCACUUGAUAUGCUUGGGGUGGCCACAGAGGUGGCAGCCCAAGGCCUUGAAUAUGUGAAUGAAGUGAAGAAAAAUUCUGCGAAAUCUAUCCUGAGGACUGUUUGUGGUGUUGAUAAUUCUACCAAAGGAUCCGAGAAGGAUUGUGUUGGGGAUGUUUCUUUGCACGAGAGAGAAUCUGUAGCUGCUGAUGUCUUGGCAGGCAUAUGUGGAACUCUCUCCCCAGAAGGCAUGGGCUCAUGCAUUACCAGUUCUGCUGAUCCUGGCCAGAAGAUAGGGAUCAUCUCAAGAAUGGAGCAUCUUUUAACUCCUGAAGCAGAUAAAAACUUUGAUGAUGACGGCACUCUCUCAGAUCAGGAGUGUGAAGUUGACAUAGUUGAUUGGAAUGAUGAUGAGAAGUCAAGUUUUAUUGAGGCUAUGAAUAGAUAUGGGAAGGAUUUCGCUCGAAUUUCGUCAUACGUGAAGAGCAAGUCAUUUGAACAAUGCAAGGUUUUUUUCAGCAAGGCUCGGAAAUCACUUGGUUUGGAUCUGAUCCAUCAAGGUGCUGCUGAUGCUGGUUUCCCUACAGGUGAUGCCAAUGGAGGAAGGAGUGGUACAGAUGGAGCCUGUAUUGCUGAGAUGGAUUCAGCUAUCUGUAGUGCACAGUCAUGUCCUAAAGUGGAGAUAGAUGCAUGUCCUGUUUCUGAUGGAGAAAUUCAAGGACAUAAUCCUCUUUCUGAUAUUGCCUCUAGGCAGCCAGAAGCUGACAAAUCAAACAUGCCUGAUGUUGUGGACAUAAAUGUCGAGGAAGGUGAAAGCAAAGCAGAAAAAGACUGCAGCAUUCUUGUUGAUCAUAAACAGUUACGUGAAGACAUUAAUCAAACAUCAUGUGCUCGUAUCGACAUCAACUGUCCUGAGAGCACAGAUAAGCUGCAAGACAUAGAGGAUGUAACACCAGUGAACAUGCAUGGAGAUGAUCUCAUGGCCACUUCAGUUGAACAGGUUGCGGCAGCGCAUGUGGAAAGUAGAUCCAGUUUACAUUCUGAAGGGAUUGGCAUUGAUGUUUCCAGGAUCGAAGGAUGUUCACAUGAGAGUACAAUUGGUAAAGGUGGAAAAUCAACACCGUCUGUUUGCUUGCCUGCAGAAAAUGGGGUUAGUAAGGAAAAUAUCAUCCACUUCUCGAACAUGGAUGGUGCUUCCUCCAUUAGUCCUGCAUUUACUUCAAAUUAUCAGCAAAGUAAGCUGGCAGAUCCAAUCCAAUCAAAACCGAAGCCCCUUACCCCAAAGGAUUUAAUGCCUGUCCAAUUUAGUUCGUCGCUGCCUGAUCCUACCUCAAUCUGUUUUGAGGGUAUAGCUGCCAUAACUACACCCAAUUUUGAGGAUCAUGGCAACAGAGCCAGCAUUGCUUCAGGGGCAAAAGAUGUGAACAUGUUCCCAACAUUUAAAGACCAGUCCAGUAAUCGUCAUGAUGCACUGUUUUCUAAUGUCGAUGGGUACAUGCAACAGAGACGAAAUAAUCACUUUGGAACUGAAGUAUGUGGCUUAUCUGAAAGCACAGGCAUUUCCCAGUCGGACCAGUUCACAGUAUCGAAAUUCCAGAAUGGCAGGCCCAGCAGCUUGGGCCUUUCGAAUGGAAAUCUUGGGGUUCUAUCGACUGGGAGAAGAGAGGAAGCACGUGAAGGCUUGUUUAGGCCUUGUUCUGUCAAGACAAGUGCUGGGAAUGAGGAGCAGCAAAAGCGGCCUGGUGAUGUCAAGUUGUUUGGGCAAAUUCUUAGCCAUCAAUCAUCCUUGCAAAGCUCUGGUUCAUCAGUUCAUGGAAGCAAAAGCAAGCCCCCCUCACCAAAGGUUGAUAAGCCAGCUUCUUCUAGGUUGUUGAGUAAUCCAAGGGAACGCCUGGUUUAUUCUUCCAGGCCUCCAAUCAUUGCUAACUUGGGGCUAGAGGAGAGAGCGAUGAGGAGUUUUGACCAUAUGGAUGGGCGAACAAUACAGCCUGAGCCUAUGGUUAUGGUGGCAAAGUGUCAGAGACCGUCAGCUGGUGUACCAGUUUACUCAACCAAAAAUGGCGCGCUCAGCGUGUUUGCGGAAUUUCAGCAACCUUCAAUGCCGCCACAUACAUCAGAUCACAAACUACUAGAAAACUUUGCCGAUCUUCAUAAGAGGAAUGGAAUCGAACUCCUUUCGGGGUUCCAGCAGCCUGGGAGGCUUGGGGGUGCUGGGGUCCUGGUUAGCGGUGUAUCUGACCCUGUGGCUGCUCUCAAGGCACAGUACGGCUCUGGUUCGAAGAUGUUGAGCAGCAGCAACGACGUGGAUACAUGGAAAGACAUAGGAAGCAGGUAGCGUCUGUAGUGUUGGUAGCGGCAAUAGUGCAAUGCUUUCUUGCUCUCUGUAUCAUACUUAGUUUUUGUAACUUGGGAUGAAACUAAACAUGGGAAAGUGAAUGGCUUUCCUGUCCAUAUUGUUGUAGGAUUUGCAGUAGAAGUUCGUUUAAAUUUAUCGCUGGUAUUAACUUUUUGUACCUUUCUUUUUUGCUGCAGCCGCUCCAUACUUGAUAGUUUUUACCUGUUAACAGUGAUGUAGGUUUUGCUAGAGGUGUUGGUCAUGCUGUCCGCUGGCUGACAAGGAUGUUUGUUGGUAUGUCUAUCAGUAUUUAUGCAGAAACCUCACACAGAUCAUUGUAAUGUGGUAAUGAUUCCUAACUGAGUUUACUCCUUUGCCUGCUGGAGUUUUGGUGAAA